AUGACAAGAUGUGCAACUAUCAGCGGUAGAGGUAUGGGGAUGAUGCACGGUGGAAACUUCCACAACCAUCCUGAUGCAGAGGUAGUGGCGGUGUGCGAUAUGGACCCAGAACUCCUCGCGAAAGCAAAAGAACACUUUGGGAUACCGGGGUAUCCGACAAUUGAGGAACUCUUAGCGAAUUGUGAUCCGGAUCUUGUACUUCUCAUAGUUAAUGAGACCCGACGGAUCCCACCGCUGCGGCAGUUGCUCGAAGCCGGACAGAAUGUAUUCACAGAGAAACCGCUCUGUGGAUUAGAGGGACAGGAACGGUUACGCGAGGAAGACCUCGGAAUUGCGGCACCUGCUAUCGCAACGUGGCGCGACUCCAACCUUAAAUUCGGGAUUGAUUUCAACUAUCGGUUCAUGCACCAUUUCCGUAAACUUCAUGACGAUGUUGCUGAGGGACGGCUGGGUGAGAUCCGGAUGGUACACGCGCGGGCACAUUUCAACUGCUGGUCCCAUGUCAUCGACCAAAUUCUCUGGACGGUUGGCAGACCAGAAUGGGUGAGUGUUGUCGGAGAUCCAAAUGAAUCCAGGGGUUGGGGACGCUUAAUUCAUAUCGGUUGGGAAAACGGUGUCAUCGGUUCCCUGAGCGGCACAAACCUGUGGGGCUACGACGAUCAUCCGCUCAGAGUCAAGGUGCUUGGUGAUGAAUUUUAUGCGGAGGCAAAAGGUCUGGAAGGCUCUUACUCCCGCAGAAAAGCGAAUAACUCUGAGAUAGAGGAAGUCUGGGAAGCCGAGCAGGAUAAACCGGAAAUGCCGGAGUCUUUCAAACGGAUGGCUGAUGGUGUGAUUAAAGCGAUACAUGCCGACACUCCGUUCCCCGCAGAUGGUGAGGCAGCAUGGAAUGAACUGCUGUUUGAAGCGGCAGUGCAUAGGUCUGCUUUGCAAAAUAAUGCACGCGUAUUUCUGGCAGAUGUGGAAGAAGACGCAUUUGCCUAA